AUGGAUGCUCACCCGAGUGAAGGGGGGGACCUUGAAGAUCGCCUGGGCGGCCUGAUCAUCAGCAAUCGAGAGAGAGACGCGACUGUGCAGAGCCGUGGCGGCCAUGCGUCCUUCUCCAGCCUCCAGAGCCCGGCACCGGCUCUCGAUCCAGAUGCUACCCGCUUGACCCAAGAGAAUCUCCCUGACAAAUCCAAGCCGCCGCGCAAACGGCUCAAUCAGGCACAGCGCCGCCAAAUGUCUGCUCAGCUAUCUAUCCCCAUCGAGCCUCGUUCCCAGGCGCCCCAGGCAGCUCGGCCCUACAAUAGUCCCCCUGGAUACCCUCACCACCACCAACAGCAGCAGCAGCAGCACGCAAAUAACGGCCCUUAUAGGUCUCAACGGCCGCAGUCAGCUACUUUCCGCCCACCGAGUCGGGGAAACGCCUUUUCAAACGGCCCCCCGUCAGGCUCGCUGUUUCCGUCACACCCCAGGCACCAGCCCUCCCUCUCUUACCAUGGGCCCAUGUCUACUCCAGCAGAACAUCAUGACUGGCGACAGGCUCAACUUCAGGGCGGAGAGCCGCGGGCAUCUCACAUCCCUCCAACCCUUCCCUUCGAUGCCACGUCGCCUAGGCCGCCUAGGCCUAGCAAUGCCCUCUACAAUCCUGGGAGACAGAACCACGUUCGGACUGAGGAGUUAAAGGCCCAGACAGACAUGCUGGAGGGACUCUGCUGUACCAUCAUCGCUGGUGCUGAGAUUGAACCUGCUGACAUAGCCGAAAAGGAGCGUUUCCGCUCCGUGAUCGAAGAGGUCGCCAGGGCCGUCAUCACCCACCACGAGAGAGUCAAUAGUGGCCUACUUGAUUUCCCGCCCGCUAGUGUUCAGCUGCGGUGCUUUGGCAGCCUUAUCUCGGGAUUCGCAACCAAGGCAGCCGAUAUGGAUCUUGGGCUUCUCUCGCCUCUCUCCCCUGUGCAGCCCGAUGCCCCGGACUCCCCUAUUCCCAGGCUCGUCGAGAAGGCGUUUCUAGACAUUGGCCUAGGCGCUCGGCUUCUCACACGGACAAGGGUUCCAAUCAUCAAAAUCUGCGAAAAGCCUCCCCCAAAACUUCGGGCAGAUCUUUUGGAUGAGCGGGAGAGGUGGGAGAGGGGUGUGCAGGAUGAGGCUGACGAUCAUGAUCAUCAUGACGACCCAGAUCUGAACCCGAUAGAUGACAUUCAACCCCAGGAUUACAGAGGGCCAACUUUGGGCCACAAGCCCCAAAAGUCUAGCAGCGACGAGAAUCCGACGCAGAAUAACCCACAGCAGAAAUUCCGCUCGCUCAGGCAAGGUGAGAAACGGAGCUUGGCGAACUAUUACAUUACUGCCAGAAACCUUUUUCGAAAGCUUGGCGGAAUAGAAUUGACAAACGCCAACUCACUCCAGCUUAAAGGGGACGACUACGACUUCUUGUACGAGUUCUGUCUCGCAUUCGUUGAUGGGCUUACGGAUCGCGCAUUGCGAGAGCGGCUGCUAAGCUAUAGGUCGUUAUCGAGAAAUGACCCGAACUCUCCGCUACACUACCGCACCCUGCAAGGUGUGUACACGCAAGUCGAGGGCGAAAAGAUGGCCAUGGUGUGGGAUUCUCGCCAAAUACACGAGAAGGACGAAACCCAAGAGCAGCAAGCACAAACCCGGGUCACGGUGUGGAAGACUCUCCAAAACAAGCCGGAUUACGGUCUGGACCCCCUUGCAUACAACAGAGAACUACAAUUGGCUUCGGAUCAGCUGAGACGCAUACCCUCUAUUCAAGUCUAUCUUCUAUCUCAGAACCGGUAUGAGCCGGUCUCCACGUAUCACUCAAGAGUCAUCAGGGUGCUUCUUGAGCUAGGCAGCCAUGACACUCCAUCCCCGAGCAACCGAGUGCUUCGUACAGUUAUUGACCAGUACGUCCGAGGUAUUUUGAUCGAGGACGUGCGGCACAGGGUCGAAGAGUUUGCAAAAUUAGAAGAUCUGGGUCUGCGGGCGGUUUCAAGGAGACACAAGAGUGUGCAGCUUGCUCACGAAUUCGAAAAGUGCUUGGAGAAGGGUCUUUACCCUGAGGAGUCGACGGCCAGCGUCCGAGCUUAUGUUGAGCUUCUGAGGGGAUCCAUGGUCAAAUCUCCAUCUCAUGGCUCUCAGUCUGAUUUUUUCGUCCCUGUUACCCCGGAGUCAGCCGCUGUCAUGUCCGAGAUACGGCGGCUUGGUGAUCCAUCCAAGAUGGGACCCAACCAACCACGAGACCCCUACCGAGAUCGGCUCGAGUUCCCAAAGUCUGGGGUUGGUGUUCAGUGCGACGUCAACUUUUCGGCCCACCUUGCAUUGCAGAAUACUCGUUUGCUGCGAUGCUACUCUCUUUGCGACCCUCGUGUCCGGCCUUUGGUUCUGUUUGUAAAGCACUGGGCCAAAGUUCGGCACAUUAACUCGCCCUACCGAGGCACCUUGAGCAGUUAUGGUUAUGUCCUGAUGAUGCUUCACUACCUUGUGAAUGUAGCUCAGCCAUUUGUGUGCCCAAACCUGCAGUUGCUAGCUCGACCUCCUCCCCCACACCUCUCGCCAGCAGAAAUCGAAGAGACAGUCACCUGCAAGGGCAGAAAUGUCAUGUUUUGGCGAGAUGAAGCCGAAAUCCAGCUUCUGGCUAGUCAGAAUACUCUCACACAGAACAAGGAUUCAACCGGCCAUCUUCUCCGGGGUUUCUUCGAAUACUACGCUCAGAGCAACUUUAUGACCACAUUUCCCUGUCGGGGAUUUGACUGGGGCCGCGACGUUCUUAGCCUCCGCACACGCGGUGGUAUCCUCACAAAGAAGGAAAAAGGUUGGACGGGUGCCAAAACCGUCAUUGAGGUUAAAUCAAUGCCUGCCCCACCGCCAGGCCAAGCAACAACUGCAGUUGCCACGGUGCCGAUGGGCUCGCCAGGCUUCAGACAACUCUCGCCCAGCCUCCAGCCCAACUCUCCCCCUGGCGUGGUGGGGAUUCAACCCACCCAGCAGCCUGGAAGUGCCCAGUUCACCCAAGAAGUCAAGGAGGUCCGUCAUCGAUACCUGUUCGCAAUCGAAGACCCCUUCGAACUCGAUCACAAUGUCGCCCGCACCGUGACCCACCACGGCAUCGUGGCCGUACGCGAUGAAUUCCGCCGCGCCUGGGGCAUCAUCAAGAGCGCAGGAAAGGGCGGGCACUUGGGUGACCUACUCCAAGACGUGAGCGAGGCCGAAGAGUUGCGGGAGAUGGAACAGUUCUCACAGCUCCUAAGCGAGCUGCAUGGACCGGAGAUUUGA